AUGGCCUCUUCUUCUAACAGACCUAUGGAAGCUGCUUAUGAAGGUUCGGGUAUCUCUGUUUCCCAACCUCAUGCACUAGAAGGAGUUGGAGAACAUUUCUCGAAUCAAUAUGUUCCCCACACUAGUGGGUCUGAAGUGGGAAACCAACAGGGUGUAAGAACUUGUCCACCAACUCACAUGAGUCAUGAUACUCAAGCCAUGAAUCCUCUUUUUCAACAAAUGGAUGAAUUCUUCCACCACAUGGCUGAAUCAAUGCAUGAUCCCAAUGGGAUUAACUUUGAGAAAAUGAGGAAAAUGGGUGGAUUGGAGUUUGAAGGCACUGUUGAUCCCACGGAUGCUGAACAAUGGCUGGAGCGCAUAGAGAGGGUAUUUAAGCAGUUGGAGUGUUCAGAUGUUGCCACAUUUAAGUAUUCUAUUUCACUAUUACAAAAGGAUGCUUAUGAUUGGUGGGUAAGUCAUCCGAAUGCCAAAGUAAAACCUCUUGUUCUUACUUGGGAUGAUUUUCUUAAAGGAAUUUCGUAUGAAGAAAAAGAUGAGUGCAAGAAAUUUGAAGAUGGUUUAAAUGAUUCCAUUAGGAAGAAUGUGGAGAUCCUGCAACAUGAGAACUUUUGUAAGUUAGUGUCUGCUGCUUGUACUUGGAAACGACUUGAUAAAGAAGAAGCUAGAAGAAAUGAAAACGAAUUCCGAAAGACUAGACCAGAUUUUGGACGUCCAUCCAAAAGGGGAAGGUUUGAUGAUUCUAAGGCUGGUAGGGUUAACAUGCCACCUCAACAAAAGCAAAACAAAUUAGAAUUUUCUAUAGCUAGCACUCCAAAUUAUUGCCAAGGAAAGCCUCGCAUUCCCACUUGUCCACAAUGUGGAAAGAAUCAUUAUGUUACUUGCAGGAGAGCUUCUGGUGCAUGUUUCAAUUGUGAGAGCUUUGAUCAUAAAGUGAAGGAUUGUCCUAAUCCUAAUAAUGCUCCUUCCUUGAGAACAGAAGGCUCAGUUCAUAAGCCUUUUAUUAAUCCUCCUCAAAUUAAUAGAGGUGCAAGACCUAAAAACACCCAAGCAACAAGUGCAAGUGGAGCUAAAAAAGCUAGUGGACCAAGGGCUAAUGCUAUGAGGCAGAGGGAUGAUCAAGAUGUACAAGACGUGGUUGUUGGUAAAUUUUACUUAUUUGGCUUAUGUGUGUUUACACUAUUUGAUCCCAGUUCUACACAUUUCUAUGUUUGUUCAUCACUUGUUCUUCCUGAAAACGUGAAAUCUGUGAGACUUAAUUAUGAUGUGCUGGUUGAAAGUCCUUUGGGUUAUUAA